AUGUGCAAGGCGGGAUGCGACAGCAUGGAGUGGCGAAGAGCAUCAAGUCAUAAAGCCAAGCGAGGCAUCUUGUGGGCUGGCAAAACUGAGAAUAAAGUGGUAAGCUCAUCCGGAGAAGUUCAGGCUGAUGUCCAACCUGGUGAAGCUGACCACAAAGAAGAUGAUAAGGCAGGAAUGGUUUGUCGGUUCGGAGUGAGCCAGCUGGCCAAACAACACGAUGCGGUUCAGAGCUACAAGGCAAAUGAGGUAACUGGAUGGGUUCGAGACUUUGACCCCAAGGACAUCAGCGAGUUUGCGGGUCAACAGUACGCCGGGAAGGACCUGCUGGCGAUGGGCGUGGCAGAGCUCGACAACCUCGAGUUGGCAAAAGGGCCACGGAGGCGCCUGAUAGAGAGCAUCAAGAAGCUGAAAGCGGCGGCCGCCGCUUGUGACAUGCUGUCGGCGCUGGUCGAGCUGCAGCUGAAGGACAAAGACCUCUUGCAAGCAGCCAUCGAUGUAAUCAAGAAGCAGCUCGAAAAGCUACAGGACGACCAGGGUCGGAUCAAGAUGGUCGGUGACAUGCUGUCGGCGCUGGUCGAGCUGCAGCUGAAGGACAAAGACCUCUUGCAAGCAGCCAUCGAUGUAAUCAAGAAGCAGCUCGAAAAGCUACAGGACGACCAGGGUCGGAUCAAGAUGGUCGGUGACAUGCUGUCGGCGCUGGUCGAGCUGCAGCUGAAGGACAAAGACCUCUUGCAAGCAGCCAUCGAUGUAAUCAAGAAGCAGCUCGAAAAGCUACAGGACGACCAGGCCAGGCUGUUCAUUGAAGUUGUCGCCAUAGCACGGGUUGCUCCUGCACAGGGUCGGAUCAAGAUGGUCGGUGACAUGCUGUCGGCGCUGGUCGAGCUGCAGCUGAAGGACAAAGACCUCUUGCAAGCAGCCAUCGAUGUAAUCAAGAAGCAGCUCGAAAAGCUACAGGACGACCAGGCCAGGCUGUUCAUUGAAGUUGUCGCCAUAGCACGGGUUGCUCCUGCACAGGGUCGGAUCAAGAUGGUCGGUGACAUGCUGUCGGCGCUGGUCGAGCUGGAUGCAAACAGUGUGAUGAGUUCAGCUCUUCAGGAUGUGGAUGUCACAUCGGUCGGUCGGCCGCACGCUGUAUGUCCUUGCCGAUCGCCGUCUGAGCUGUGCCGCCUGGCCCAGGUGUUGGAGCAGGCCUGCAACGCAACCAGGAGUGAUGUGAAGAGCUACGGGCCAAAGCAAGUAGCUGCAUGGACUGCGGCAAAACUGGUUUCUGCCAAGUACGACGCUGCGGCGAUCCAACAGGCGCUUGGAGUGCUGAAGACGAGCGGCCCUACCCUGCUGAACAUCACAAGCCAAGAUCUCCAGCGCUGGGGGCUAGAUGAUCGCAGCAUCGAAAAGACCGUGCUCGAGGCGUUGACAUUUCGUGACCUCGUGAACGACGAGGCGAAGGUCCAGUACAACUAUCAAAACAAGGUGUGGGUAUAUGGCCGUCCGACAAGUUUCCCCCCAUGUGGCUACGUCCCAGACGCGCAGAUGCUGAAGAUAAGCAUCAAUGGCACGCAUAGCUCAGAGAUUCUGUUUAUGAACUCCGAAGGCAAGAGUUGUAUCCCAACCUUCCACGGAGAAAGUGGCAGUGGAAAGACUUUGCUAGCUGUGAUGAAGCCGGCUAUCCUACUGCAAGCCGAUCAAGGCGAUACUGUUCGGGUGUUCACUAUGACCGUCAGUGCCGAGGAGGUGCAAGAGAUCAGCCAAGCCCAAAGCAAAGAUGAUCGCGAUGACCGGUGCAAAGCCAAGGUCAUGAACAUAUUCAAGAAGUGCAUCAAGUCGGCUUUGGGAGAUUCAGGUUCUGAGACGUAUCUGCUCCAUACCUGGCCGUACCUGAAGCUAAGGCUGGAGCACCCUGAUCCAGACGAUCUUGGCAAUGUGGUAUUUGUAAUCGAUGAGAUUGGAACAUGCCUCGAUUUUGCACGUGGAGUGGCGGCGCAACAAGAGGACAUAUACAAGCACAUGCAGCAGUUUUGCAAAAAUAAGAGCCAAUUGGUCAUGGCAGGCACUGCAGGUGCAGGCACUGUGGCAUAUCAGCCAUCUGUGGAAGUGUCGACAAAGCCAGAGCAAGUUUGCCUAGUCUUCGUCGGCAGCGUGAAAGACGCAACCUUCGGGCGUGCCCUAUGUGAAGCAAUGCUCCCCCUUGAAACUUGUGCAGUGAGAUACGACGACUUGAUGGAGGUCAAAUCUAUGAAGGCAUAUCUCAGCAACGCACGGACUGCAGUCUUGUUAGUGGAGGAGGUCGCGCGAUGGGUGAACAAGAAACCCGCAAACGUUGCAAAAGAGACCGUGCGUGACGCAUGGAAGCGUAGUCCUCAUUUGACAAGCUAUUUGGUGCCGAGCAAGUACAGAAUGCUCAAUGGCCUGCAGAGCGUGACGUGCAUCCGUGAUCAUGCCGAUUGCGCUUUGAAGCUGCUGAUGCACCCUUCGCUUCUGGAAAGCAAAGAUAUUCCAGAACCUGAAGUUGCCAGGAGGUGUGUGACACUAGGACUCGUGGCUAUUCCAGAUUCUCAACAAGCUGCAGCAAUCCACGCCCCCACCGGCAGCAAGUCAUAUUUCUCAACAACCACUUUCGACUCCUCUGAGGCUCUGAAGCAGAUGCUGCUUGCUGCAUUCGAAGUUCCGGCCAUUCUUCCAAAGGACGGACUGUCACUGGAACUCGUGGUGGCCGAGGCCCAGAGGCGCUUCUCAGAAGUGCUGACAGGCAAUCGAGCUACCCUGAAGCAUCUGCCGUAUGCUAUGCCUCCAGUGGACAAUCAGGAUAUGGAAGGCAUUCCAGAGAAUACAUUCGUGGAGAUUCUUGAUGCGCUUGCUUCCCAGCAAACAGUCGUGCUGGUCAACGGACCCAGUGCGCAGGGAGCUGACAUCAUCCUGCUUCGAGCGGCUCAGCAUACCAAGAAUUGCACGGCCACGAAGCCUUUUGUUCGCUUCGUGCAGGUUAAGAACCAGAAUCGUGCGGCGAACCAGACGGAUGUCGUGAGAACAUUGGGAGUUGCAGCAAAGGCAAACGCAUCCCAGAGCAAAUUUCAGAAACCUAACCCAUGGUCUGCGAUGGUACUGAAUUGGUUCUGCCGGGUGGUGAGCGAGAAGAAUUGCAAGAACUUGACACGGCACUUUGGACAGGUGCGAGAACUGAAAGGCAAACCUCGAGAGAUGGACGUGGAUGUGGAGCUUGUUCUCCUCGAAAGAGUGACGACUCAAAAGGCACCUCCAUCGUUACAGAAGCCGAGAUUUUUAAAAGAAUGCCCUACCUUCAAGCUGCAGAGUUUGGAGCACCUGGCUCCAUUUCCGACACAACUGCCGUCUAGUACGGCGAAAGCAUAUGGGCAGAAAAAGGCCAACCGCCGGAAAACUCCAGUGCAUUGCAGCUCAUGCGCUGGUUGUUUGCCUUGUGUGAAUGCUGGAAGGGUACUGCGUCGUGAACGUUUCCGCCUGGCAUUCAGGUGGACUGGAGCAUCGGGAGUGGUUUGCUCUACCCCAAACAAUAUCCCCGGUAUCAAGUGA